AUGAAGAGGGCCAAGGACGAGCAGACGCCCUCGGACGAAGAUAAGUACGAAAAAUACUCCCUUUACAAAAGCGACAAGGCCUCCCCAGGGGGGCAGAUACCCCCUCCCUCCUCAGCCAUGACGAGCCAAGUGGAGUCAGUUUACUUUGUUAAUUACAGAGCCGUGGUUGUGAAAACCAAGCGCUAUUACGUCACGCAGAAUUCUUAUAUGCUCUUCGGAGAUGUUUUUAAAAUAUAUAACCUAAAAGGAGAAAUAAAAAAAAUACAUGCGUUCUUUCCAGGGGAUGAAAAUAACCUGUCUGAUACUCUCAUUAUGCUGAAGACGACUGUUGUGGCUGUGACGACAUCCAAAGCAGAAGCGUUACGUGUAGCAGACGGAAUUGAAAUGACUUGCAAGAUUUGCAGGAAGAAGAGGAAGGCUACGAAGUUUUCUAUUGAGGGGUUCCUCAGAAAAGUGAGGUGUGAUACGUGCAGAGUGAAACCGAAGAAUUUAAUUAACAAAAUGAGACGGGUGAAUAACGUGAAGGGGGAACAACAGACGUUCCUUGCAGUGUCUUCCAACACCACGAACGAUUCGUCUUGCACACCCUCCGCUGCGGCUGCCAUGGCCACUAGUGUUAACCCCUCGCGCACGGGCAGGAAGAGUGCCCCCCUUUGCAACGACGCCGCCGGUGCGAGUAACGCCCUGUGUCUCAGCAACGGUGCAGCACCGGGGGACGGACCUUCCAGUGGUGCCAUGAGCGGAGAAUCCAUUGGAACUGCUAGCGGUGCUUCUGGCGGGGCGCCGAUGGCAACUCCAAAUGGAGCGACCACCCUCGGAGGCAGCAACGGGAUGGGAAGCAACAGCGUAGGGAACGGCAGCCUAGCAAACAACAGCGUAGGGAGCAGCGUAGGGAGCAGCGUAGGGAGCGGCGUGGGAAACGGCGUAGGAAGCGGCGUGGGAAACGGCAGCCUGGCAAACAACAGCGCCGGCGAAAGCGCGCGCAUGCACAGCGGAGAGGCGAACCUCGGCGGGAACCCCAGCAGUGGCGGUACCCCCCACAACGGAUGCCUCAGCGCAAGCGCCGCCGCCAUGAACGACGCGGGCACGGGACAGCACCACCACCAGCAGCGCAUAUGUUCCUACAACUCGAAGAAUGCCAGUAGCGGCAGCGGCGCCCACUCCUUCCUCAAGAGCAGCUGCUACAUAGGUGCCGGUGAAGCGUGCACAGCUGGCCACAGCAGCCACGGCAGCCACAACAACCACAACAACCACAACAACCACAACAACCACAACAACCACAACAACCACAACAACCACAACAACCACAACAACCACAACAACCACAACAACCACAACAACCACAACGAACCUGAUGGCAAAAACCCAGACGAAAUUAUUGCCAUGAUAAUAGAGCUAAUCAAAUACAUCUCGUGGAUGCAAAAGGCCCUCAUGAGGGCGUCCAAAGGAAACUACGUAAUAGACCACACAGAAAUUAACAUAGAAAAAAUCUCCAAAGUGGUUCAUUCUGCUCAGGUCCUCUGCAAUAAAUUGUUAAGACAAAAGUCUCUCGUAGACCAGACAGGAUCAAACAGCCGAAACUUCACCAAUUUCAUCCCCAUGUACAACACCAAUUCUAAUAACCUCAGAAUGAAGUAUGCCAAUUUGUAUGAAAACAAAAUGAACGCCAUUCACAGCAGACCGAUCGAGACCAAUCUGGCCAACUCUAACGCAGUCAACGUUUUUAAUAACAUUAUCAAUCACAACACGUUGAGCCUUUCCAACUGCGCUGCUGCUCAGAGGAACGUCUCCGCCACGCCAUCCUGCAGUAGCGGUGGGAGCGGUGGAAGCAGUGGGAGCGCGGGGAAUAGCGGCGGGAGCGGCGGAAGCAGUGGGAGCGCGGGGAAUAGCGGCGGGAGCGGCGGAAAUCGCACCGGAAAUGACAGCGCAUCGAACAGCACCAGCGGGGAGGGCGCACCCAACGAAAGCGGACCAAACGGAACAAGUCCCACCAACAUUUCCAACUUAACAAGCGUCACCAACUUAACCAACGCGCCAAGCAAUGGAAGCAACAGCAACGCCACCAUGGAAACGGACUCCCCACUAAACAACUUCAGCACCAUCAACAAUAGAAAUAUUCUCCCCUACUAUUCGAAUGCUUGCCAAAUUACCUGCGUCCCACCCUCACCAUGUUCCACUCGAAACGAUAGCAGAAUGAACCAUUUUAUAAAACAGGAAAAUAAUUACAUGUACAGAAAUAAACAAACUGAAGAAUUUCCAAACAUGCAAAGUAACAACAAAAAUAGCUACUACACUGAUAAGCAGGACAUUGUUUUCUCGGCCCUCUCCAAGCAGUAUAACUCCAACGUGAACAUCUCCUUUAACAAUAUAAACAACUCCGUGUCAAAUUUUUACAGGACCGUUUCGAAGAACUACAACAUUAGGGAUACCAUUUUGAAUUUGGACAAAUAG